AUACAGACUGGGACUGUUCUAUCACUGGACAAGAACAUUUAUACAAGGAUGAAUACUUUGAAGGGAUUGAUUCUGAUGCUUUUUGUUGCGUCUGUCAUUUCAAAACCAUUGCAUUUGUCAAGAAGCAGUUCGGACGAAAAUGAUUCAUCCAAAGCUUCAUCAAAUUCCGAGUCAGAUGAGAGCUCUGAGUCAAACGAGUCUGAAUCGAGUGAAUCUGAAUCUUCUGAGGACUUCACAACCGCACAGCCUCCUACUGGUAGGCCUGCAACAAAUCAGCCAAUCACUGACAAGAAAACCACAACAGCAGCACCCGUCACCACUGCAGCAAACAUCACAGACUGUGUUACUGUGAAUGUGACGAGUCUUCAGAUCACCACUGAAAAAAGGGGUGAUAACUGAAUAGCUUGGAAUGUUGCUCAAUCCUUUUCAUGCAAAGGAAAAAGAAAAGAGAGAAUGCUUCCGAAUGCUUGAUGAUUUCUGAUGCUAUGAUG